GACCAAAGACUACAAUGCUUCGUCUAGCCGUCAAGUUUUUCCCUCCAGACCCUGGCCAGCUGCAAGAAGAAUAUACCAGGUAUCUGUUUGCAUUGCAAAUCAAGAGGGACUUGGCAGAGGAGCGGCUGACCUGCAGUGACAACACGGCAGCUCUCCUCGUCUCUCAUCUUCUGCAGUCUGAAAUAGGGGAUUUUGAUGACUCGGAGGAUCGAGAACACCUUGAAACAAAUCAGUAUUUGCCAAACCAGGAAAGAAUUCAAGGGAAAAUCCUGGAGUUCCACAGGAAACAUGUGGGUCAAACUCCUGCUGAUUUUUUUGAAUCAGACUUUCAAGUGCUUGAAGUUGCCCGGAAACUGGAGAUGUAUGGGAUAAGAUUUCACCUUGCAUCGGACCGUGAGGGCACAAAAAUUAAUCUGGCUGUUUCGCACAUGGGUGUGCUAGUGUUCCAGGGCAAUACGAAGAUCAACACCUUCAACUGGUCUAAGGUCCGUAAACUAAGCUUCAAGAGGAAGAGAUUCCUUAUUAAACUCCACCCAGAGGUCCGUGGUCCGUAUCAAGAUACACUGGAGUUUCUUUUGGGAAGUAGGGAUGAGUGUAAAAACUUCUGGAAAAUCUGUGUUGAGUAUCAUACGUUCUUUAGGCUGUUUGACCAGCCAAAGCCAAAGGCUAAAGCCGUGUUCUUCACCAGAGGGUCUUCCUUCAGAUACAGUGGACGGACGCAGAAGCAGCUGGUGGAUUAUAUCAAGGACAGUGGGGUGAAGAAAACUCCGUACGAAAGGCGGCACAGCAAAGCUAGAGUGUCUGCUCACGCUUCCAGCCCAGAUGUGCCAAAACAGAGUGUCCCCUUCACUGAAGGCUUGAGAACCCCAGGGUCUCCUGCCUCAGCAACCACCCCCUUCCAUUCAGUUCACUCAGCGACCACUCCUACUCCUGUCCUGCCCAUCUUUGCAGAAACCAGCCCUCCCUCGGCAGAGCCCCGCGCGCCCUUCGCAAGGAUUCCCGAAAAAAAUCCUGCCGCGCCAGCGGAAGAAACCGGGAGGAAGCCGAUGCCGCAGCCUGGAUCUGCCAUGCUCCAGUCAUUCCAAGGCCUCUCCGUGGACCAUUCCCAGCUCUCUUCCUUUACGCUGAAGAGUCCCCUGAGUUUGAACCCGGCCUUUCCAGUGAAUUUGAACUCAGCCGGCCAGGGUUCAUCUCCCCUUCUGAGCCCUGUCCUGAGCGAUGCUGGUGGUGCCAGGAUAGAAGAUGAGGAUGAAAUGAAACGGAAGCGCUAUCCAGCCGACAAGGCGUACUUCAUAGCAAAGGAGAUUCUUGCCACAGAGCGGACCUAUCUGAAGGACCUGGAAGUUAUUACUGUGUGGUUUCGCAGUGCGGUCCUCAAGGAGAACGCCAUGCCAGAAGGCCUGAUGACGUUGCUCUUCUCUAACAUUGACCCAAUAUAUGAAUUUCAUCGGGGCUUCCUGAAAGAAAUUGAGCAAAGGCUCUUGCUGUGGGAAGGAAGAACGAGUGCUCAGGUGAAAGGAGAUUAUCAACGAAUCGGAGAUGUCAUGCUCAGGAAUAUGCGUACUCUAAAGGAGUUUACCACCUACUUGCAGAAGCAUGACGAGGUCCUGACUGAACUGGAGAAAGCAACGAAACGCCUAAAGAAACUGGAAAUGAUUUAUAAGGAGUUUGAGCUGCAGAAAGUUUGCUACCUGCCGCUCAACACAUUUCUGCUCAAACCCAUCCAGAGACUGAUGCACUACAAGCUGAUCCUGGGGAGGCUUUGCAAGCACUACACGGCCGAGCACCGGGACUACGCGGAUUGCCGGAAUGCCCUGAAGGAAGUCACGGAGAUGACGUCUCAGCUCCAGCACAGCCUGAUCCGCUUGGAAAAUUUCCAGAAGCUGACAGAGCUGCAGCAUGACUUAAUUGGUAUUGAUAACCUCACAGCACCUGGUAGGGAGUUUAUCCGGGAGGGCUGCUUGUACAAGCUCACCAAGAAAGGUUUACAGCAACGGAUGUUCUUUCUGUUCUCAGAUAUGUUGCUCUACACAAGCAAAGGUGUUACAGGGACAAACCAAUUCAAAAUUCAUGGACAUCUUCCUCUGCAUGGCAUGUUGGUGGAGGAGAGUGAGAACGAAUGGGCUGUCCCACACUGCUUCACUAUCUAUUCAGCACAGAAAACCAUAGUAGUGGCAGCAAGUACCCGCCUGGAGAUGGGCAAGUGGAUGGAAGACCUAAACGUGGCGAUCGAAAUGGCCAAGAAAUCCACAGAGAAGUCUGAGAUGCUUCUGGAAAACUCCGUGUGCAACCGUUCCAACAGAUCCUCUGAUGAGGUCUCCCUAGAGCAGGAGUUCGAAGAUGACACUCACUCUUCCCGUAGCUCCUUGGACAGGCAGAGCCACCACCGGGCCAACACAACCAUGCACGUGUGCUGGUACCGCAACACCAGCGUCUCCAUGACCGACCACAGUGUGGCCGUUGAGAAUCAGCUCUCGGGAUACUUGCUGCGGAAGUUCAAGAACAGCAACGGCUGGCAGAAACUCUGGGUCGUCUUCACCAACUUCUGCUUGUUCUUCUACAAAACGCACCAGGACGACUUCCCGCUGGCCAGUCUCCCGCUCCUCGGCUACGCGGUCAGCUCCCCCACGGAGGCGGACGGCAUUCAGAAGGAUUACGUCUUCAAGCUGCAGUUCAAGUCCCACGUGUACUUCUUCAGGGCUGAGAGCAAAUAUACCUUUGAGAGGUGGAUGGAGGUGAUCAAGAGAGCUACCAACUCUCCUGCAAGAUCAAACCUGCUGCUUCCGAAGGAGGAGAAGGAGAGUCACACAGACUGAAGCGGGGCAGAGCGGGAUCUCUGCUAUAAUCCAAAUAAAAGAGGUGUGUGGAAACAGGAGUCCCUGGCGUGGCUAAAGCAAAGACCCGGGAUGCUCAUUUCCACCUCGUCU